CUUGUCGAAGGAACGCCUUUCCUCUUUCCUAAUCUAAUGUUUGAUAGACUCAUGUCGUCUCGGAAAGAUUUUACUAUGUUGUUUGAGUGUACAAUAUGCCUUCCGCCGCCGCAUGUCCCCGACUUCUUCCCUUUCUCUUCUUCUUUCUCUUCCUCGUUCCUCACCUUCUCUCUCCACCUCUGUUGUGCUUUUGGGGGGAGUUCAGCCAGCACGAUCGGACAUGGCCUGCAUAUGACCGACGAUGUUCCUGGCUCUCUUCGAUUCUCCCCUGGCACGGUGCCAUGUAUUUCCCCUUCGAACGUACAUUGUUUUUCGAUGCAGCGAUUCAUAUCCCCUCCCGGCCCUCUCUUUGUGUACAUAAUUUCUCUCUCUCUCUCUCUCUCUCUUUCUUUCUUUCUUUCUUUCUUUCUUCAUUUUUCUCCGUGCCUCGUGUCUGUUUAUAUCUGCAUGUCGUUCCAGCAAUUGUUGCAUUUUUGUUGCGGUGGAGGAUUCCGUGGCGCAUGGCCGAGUGUCUUUCGGCGCGCAGGCGUGACGAAGGGGCGCCGGGGACCUUGUGAUAUGGCUUUCAUACAUCUACUGACUGACUGACUGACUGACUGACUCCCCCGGGCGAGUAGAAGUAGUUGUAUGUGUAUAUUCCUG